UCUCUCUCUUGCUCUUAGAUUUGACAGUGAUAGGGAAGGCAGUGUGGUCUCUGUCUCGCUUUCACACGCACACACUUACACGGGUGUACGCAUGCACGCAGUGUGUCGUAGAAGGGAUAGGGCAGUUGUUUGUCAGUCUGGAGUCCUGCAGACAGUGGAAGGGAGGAAAGCGCUGGUUGUGAGCUGCGGAACCCACAUUGCUCACAGCGGAGUGAGCAAAUCUCUCUCUCCCAGUCUGCAGCCUUCAACAACAGCAGCCGCAUCAGUUUUCAGAGCAGCACUUUCCCCCUCCCUUCUUCCUCUUGCUCUUUAUCUCUCUCCCUUUCUGUCGCUCGCACUCCUGCUCUCAACACUGCCGCCAAUGUAGAGUUCUGAGGCAGCAAGCAAGUAGCCAAGGCUUUCACAUUUUUCUACCACAAUGACAAGCAGUGGACAGACAGCUGGAGAAAGACGGACAAUCCGGGAGAUCUGAGGGGAAAGGUAUUUGAUGGGCAUCAGUUGGAUUUAACCCCCCCUCCCCCCCUCUCAUCCGUCCUGCCAGCCUCAUCCCGACAAAUCCUCUCCCUCACUCUCGCUCUCUAUCUGGCUCUCUUCAUGUAAGAUUACCAUCGGCCACUCCUGCUAAAGCACCGCUGCACAGUCCUGGGCAUAGAGUGAGGGGAAGCGGAGGCUGACCCAAAACAGGGAAGAAGACUGCAGAGGAAGCCCCUGGACUGGAGCAUUAAAAAAUAAAAAAUAAAAUAAAUAAAUAGGACGUGGAUCAGAGUGCCAUUGAGAGGCAGCGGGUUGGAGCUGCAGAGGAGGGUUGCUGCCUUUCCUGGCUUGUUUCUCAUUGACAGACACAAACGGGAUGUACAGCUCUGGUCUGAAAAUUGCCACACCAUGGAUCGAUACCCUCCUGCCUGCCUUUUUCUUCUGCAUUUUUUCUCACGGGAGAGUAAAGCAUCUUGGGAUUUACCGUCAUUUCAUUUCCACCUAACUACAGCAAGGCUUGCCCCGCCGUUCAGCACUCUCACCUACCCGUGUCCAACCUGUGUGUGUGUAUGUGUGUGUCUGUGUUUGUUUGUGUGUGUACUUAGCUAGCUCAGCGCCAGAGGGAGUGUAUAUUUGCUUACAUGUGCAUCCGUAUGAGCUGCUUGGCUUGUAAUUACUUGUACAUGUCUGUGGGUGCUCUCUUGUGUCCAUUUGUGUGUGGGUAUAAAUGUAGGAAUUUUGUGUGGGUGAAUUGGUAAGAUGCCCAGUAUUGGUUCCGUGCCCCAUCCCCUCGCUGACCUUUGACAGCAUCAGCAGGAUGAGUGAGCGCUCGGGAGCGAGCACUCUGGGGGCCAUGACCCUGGAGGAACCCAGGGGCGAACAGGCCUCCCCUGAGGCCCCGGGGCCUCUUCGCUGUGGGCCCUGUGCGGUGUGGCACCGCCAGCAGACCUGGCUGUGUGCAGUGCCAUUGGUGAUGGGCUUCGUGGGCCUGGGCCUCAGUCUCAUGCUACUCAAAUGGAUUGUAGUGGGCUCCGUUCAAGACUAUGUGCCCACGGACCUAGUGGAUGCCAAGGGCAUAGGGCAGGACCCCAUCUUUCUCUCUGAACCCAGCGCUCCACCCAAGCAACCAGACACUAUGACCACGACUAUGAAGACCACCACCACAGCGGUGGUCUCCACCACCCCUCUAGCAGCCAACGGCACGGUCCCAGCCCCGAGAACUCAAUUUGGUCUGCCCUCCAACCACUCGGCCCCACACCUCCACAACCGGGUCGGCAGUGGCACCCGCACCACACGACUUCCCCCGCCCGGGGUUAAAGAAGUGACGCCGCACAGCACCACGGUACGGCGGGUAGGCGGCACAGCCAACGGUCGGAAGGAUAAGGACCCCCCGAACUCGCGAUCCGGUCCAACCUUCACAACCACCAAAGCCACUAGCACAACCGCUAUCGCCAACACGACAACCAAGGCGCUACCACCAACUUUUCCACCAUCUCCCCCAGCCAAGCCCACCGGGCACUGGGACCCUGGACGCUCUGAGAAAGGUCCCGCCACACGCCCACACCACCGCUUCAGAACACUGGCCCCCACAUUCCCUAAUCUGCGUUCGGAUGUCUUCAAGUCAUGCAUCGACGACAAGGACCUGGCCUUCUGCCUCAACGAGGGCGAGUGCUCCAUCAUUGAGACAGUAGCAGGAGUGCACAGGCACUGCAGGUGUAAAGACGGUUACCACGGCCUGCGCUGUGACCAGUUCGUACCCAAGACUGACUCCAUCUUAUCUGACCCAAGCUCUGUGUCCUUGGAUGGAGCAGCAGAUGAACUGGGCAUCGUGUUCAUGGAGAGCCGUGAGACUUACCAGAGAAAGGUGCUGUCCAUCUUCAGCAUUGCCUCAGGGAUCUGUUUUCUCGGAGUGGCAUGCAUGGCUCUCUAUCGCCGCAUCAAGAGACACAGGAAAAAGCUCCGGGCGCACUUCUUGGAGAGCCGGAAUCUGAGGGUGUGCAGUAUCAACUCCUCUGGGCUCAUGUCUAAAUCCAGCCCCAGGCCUCAGUGCGGCUGGCAGCUUCAAAAGUGCUACAAAUCUCAUGGGUCCACCCCUCCUCAAGGGUGCAGCAGUCUGUCAGCUGGCGCACCCACAACAGCUCCACCGAUUCUCAACAGAGCACUCUCCAAAGGCAAACCCUUCAGGAGUAGCUCCCUGUCCCUCAGUCCAACCCAAAGACACCGGGACACUCAUCACUUCAGGACCCCGCCCAUCUCUCGAGGACCAAGAGUUGCUGGCCUGCACCUGAAAGAGGUGGAUUCUGCAGAGAUGGAGGUGGAGUCUUUAAGAGGGUUUGACACUGGGAGGGAUGGUGGUGACGACCGCCAGCGCAGCGGGUUCCAGAAUAUGCAAACCCUGUCUCGUUACGUGGGGAAGAAAGGAUGGAGGGAGGUGCCCUACACCCAUCUGGACAGAGGACUAAAACCUUCUCCUCCCUCUCUCCGCACACGAUCGGUCCCCAUCAUCCCCUCUCUCCAGGGACACGACCACAAGGGGGGUCACAUGGAUUGGAGCAGGCAGUGGGUCUCGCAGGGAGGGGGUCUCGCCGGGCCAGGUUACAAGGCGCAAGGACCUGCUGGUUCCAACAGCCACACCCCCUGUCACUCGACCACCUCUUCCUCUGAGACUGUACUAGAGUCAGAGGCCAGACCCAGUCAUGUGCGUCCCCGCGGUGCUAAUACUGCACUGGGGUUAGGGACAAGCCCUAGCCACAUGCACCAGGGCUCCUCUGAAACUCCAGUAGGGCCAGGGGGCUUGUUCCAACACUCUAGCCUUUGUCCCUCCGGGACAGCAGCAUUCAGAUCAGGUGUUGCCAGGUUGAACAGUACAAAGACUGUUAUUGCUGUGACCGUGCUGGAGUCCGAGGGAAAGAGCAUGCGGUAUACACCCAGACUGCUCUACAGCUGUCCCGGGAGCAGGGGUCCUCAGGCAGAAGGCCAAAGAGAGGCCCAGGGGCUCGGUGAACAAUACCCCUCCCCCGAUGGAUGAAGGGGCAAACUGCUUCCUGUCAGCAGUGGUGGGCAGAGGAGCUGGAAUUGAUUGUGCCAAAACUUCUGCCAGCUGAUUGGACUAUAUCUUGCUGACAGGUGUGGUGAUACUGAUGAUUUGUCGCCACAGAUGGUUUGUUUACAUAGCAGGUUAGGAUAAUUAAUGUUGGGGCAGGAAUAUGCAAACAUUACAAAAUACAAUUACAAAAUACCAUAAAGAACAAUAUAUGAAAAUUAACUACAAAAUACUUUUAUUUUGAAAUGUAUUUCAUUAAAAUACAUGUAUUUUGUAUUUUAAAAAACAGAAAACUAUUUGCAAGUAGCUGGCCCGAACAGCAACAACAUUUUCAGUAACGGUUACAGAAACAUUUUACUUGCUAUGACUGUGAUAUGCUGUUGUUUAUCUACAUUAGUUGAAUGCACUCUGGAUAAGAGUGUCUGCUAAAUGAACAAAAUAUACAUGUAUAUGUGAAAAUAUUUUUUUUAAAAUAAACUGCAAAGCACACUAGGUAUUACUAUUGGCCUUGUUUCGGGGCGAAGCUCAUUCGAGUAAUACUCAGCAUGCUUUUCAGUUGUUCAUUUGCACAUAUACAUUUACAAA